CUUGUCGGCCAUGUUGACAUCUCCCGAAAUGAAAACAGGAAUGCCAAGGGUGUAAACAACAAAUAUGAACAUUCAAGGGUUAAACAACAAGUGUCUAUCAUAAUAUUCACCCGUCUCCAUUUAUAAUGUAUAUUGUUUCAUAUCUUAUUUUUUCUGUACCAUAAACGAGCCCAAUAAAGUACGGAAGUCGACAUUUUUUCAAUAACAUUGUCCAUUUUACAUCGGAGCAAGUGAAAUAUUCAUUAUAUGAGCAACUUAUGCAUACAAGUAUUUACUAAUUAUGAAAUAUAUAACUUGUCCGGGUUGAUUAAUUAGUUAACUUUUGUAAAUUCUUUGGAUAUGUCUACAAACCAAGAACGAUAACUACAAGAAUAUUUUGCAAAUGCUAAACAUGUCUGCAGAGGACAGAGUGAAAAAGCUGACACAUCUUUAUGUGUCUGACCUCCAGAAUAGCAAAGGACAAGCAUUAAGCAUUGAGACUCUUCUUGAUGUUCUGGUAGUGCUAUAUGAUGAGUGCUGCAAUACAACUUUGCGGAGGGAGAAAAAUAUCUCGGAGUUUAUCGAAUUUGCUAAACCAAUUGUAAACAGAGUCAAGGAAUUUCGACUCCAUAGAGAUGAUUUUGAGACAGUGAGAAUUAUAGGAAGAGGAUCUUUUGGAGAGGUUGCAGUGGUGAAGUUGAAGAAUACAGAUAAAGUAUUUGCCAUGAAGAUCUUAAAUAAAUGGGAGAUGUUAAAAAGGGCAGAGACUGCUUGUUUUAAAGAAGAACGAGAUGUUUUAGUGAAGGGAGAUAGACGAUGGAUAACUAAUCUUCAUUAUGCCUUUCAAGACGAAAACUUCUUGUAUUUAGUGAUGGAUUAUUAUUGUGGUGGUGAUUUGUUGACAUUAUUAACCAAGUUUGAAGAAGGUCUCCCUGAAGAUUUAGCUAAGUUCUACAUAGCAGAAAUGGUUUUAGCAGUUAGUUCUCUCCAUAAAUUAGGAUAUGUACAUAGAGACAUCAAGCCAGACAAUAUAUUGAUAGAUAUGUCUGGUCACAUAGUGCUAGCUGACUUUGGGUCUUGUCUAAAAUUACAGGAGGAUGGCACGGUGCGAUCCUCCAGAGCAGUAGGUACACCUGAUUACAUUUCUCCUGAAAUCCUUAGGGCAAUGGAAGAUGGCCAUGGUCGUUAUGGUCCUGAAUGUGAUUGGUGGUCAUUAGGUGUUUGUAUAUUUGAAAUGUUAAUAGGAGAAACACCUUUCUAUGCUGAAUCUCUGGUAGAAACAUACGGAAAAAUAAUGAAUCAUCAGUCCCGCUUUGAAUUUCCAUGCGAUAUAGAUAUCAGUGAUGAUGCCACGGAUUUGAUAAAGAAAUUGAUAUGUAGUGCUGAGACAAGAUUUGGUAGAACUGGGCUGGAUGAAUUCAAAAAUCACCCUUGGUUUACUGGUAUUGACUGGGAAAACAUUAGAGAAAUGAAUGCUCCAUAUGUCCCAGAAGUUAGCAGUCCAACAGACACAUCCAACUUUGAUGUUGAUGACUCAGACUUUACACACACUGAUUCUAUACCUCCCUCAACAAAUGCUACCUUUACUGGUCAUCAUUUACCGUUUGUAGGAUUUACUUUUACCUCUCAUAGUCAAAUUUCUGAUCUUGGAAACCUUCAAGAUGUUGGUGAUAUUGAUCCAUCUAAGCUUGAAUCACUAGCUGUAGAGGCAUUUGAAAGGAAAAUCAAAAAUCUAGACAGAGAAAACACAGAGCUGAAAAGGAAACUCCAAGAAUCAACUGUAACAGUUCAAAGGUUAUCAUCAGAAGCCAGUGGUGCUGCAGCCUCGGGAGCCUCAGAGUCAGAAUCUCGACAUCUGAAGGAAGAAAUUGCUGUCUUACAUAAAGUGGUUGCAGAGUCUCAAACAGAAAUUAGUGCUAUUGAACAAGAACUGAAGAGAGCUCAAGACAACAAACAGGAAAUAGAGAGAAAAAUAAAACUUAUAGAGGAGGAGAAAAAUGCAUUAGAAAAAGAAUUACAAGACUUCAGAGACAAGUAUAAACAACAGUCGAGAGAAUUAAAGGAAGCUUUAGCAAAACAAAAAAUUACAAUAGAACAGUAUACAGACACAAAUGAUUCGCUGUUAAAGACCCAAUCCAAAGUAAAAGAACUAACAAGAGAAUUACGGAACAAAGAAGAUGAGGUAGAUGAGAGCAAGAGGAAACUGGAUAGUAUGAAGAAUGAACGAAGAAGAAUUGAGAAAUCCAUGUCUGAGUUACAAAACCAUUUAGAAGAGUUUAAAUCAGAAUCAAGUAAAGAAAAGAAGUUACGAGAGAGAGCUGAACAGUACACUCGAGAAUUAGAACAAGAAAUAGAGGGUAUUAAAAGGAAAAACUUGGGGAGGGCAUCUAAUCCAGCAAAUAUAGAAUUAACACAAGAAGUCUCAAGAUUAAAAUCACAGUUAGAGAAGACAAAAGUAGAAAAGGAAGAGAAAGUUUCUAGAGUGACUAGCAAAUAUCAGUCAGAAAUAAGUGAUUUAAAAUUCUCAUUAAGUGAACAUGAACAUAAGGAUAAAGAAUUACGGAAAGAAAUAUUGACGUUAAAAGACAAAUUAAAAAAUAAUGUGUCCGAGGAUGAGGUCGCUAGUAGAAUUCAAAGGUUAAAAUUACAAUUAGAACAUUCAGAGAGACAGCAUGCAUUGAUAGGAGAGGAAAAUGAAAGAUUAAAAGAUGAAAUCUCAUCACAAGAAAAUGCUUUGAGAGCAAUGAACAAGGAAAAGAUGCAGUUAGAACAAGAAAUGAGAGACAUCUAUGAUAAACGAGAAUCUGUAGCACAAUGGGAAGCUCAAAUCUCAGAGAUCAUCAAAUGGGUGAGUGAUGAGAAGGAUGCCAGAGGUUACCUCCAGGCCUUAGCUACUAAAAUGACAGAGGAAUUGGAGAACCUUAAAGUCAUGGGAGUUUCUGAUGAUUCUAAUCGGCAGAGAUGGAGAAACCGUAGAUCUCAGAGACUUGACAAGAUGGAGCUACUUACACUACAGUCUAGUCUACAAAGUGAAAUCCAGGCAAAACAACAGAUAGCAGACGAAUUAUCAAAGUUAAAAUCAUCUGUUGUUAGUUUUGAAAAGAAAAACCAUGAACAGGACACAAUUAUCGAAAAAUUAUCCAAAGAAGUAGAAGAACUUAGGAAAGAAAAGGAGACAUUAUUAGAGAAACAAGAUAUUGCAGAUUCAAGUGGAAAUACAGGGGAAAGAUCAAGAGAGCAGACAUUGAUGAGCUUCAUCAAAGGACAGUUUUCUUUGUUAAAUGAUUCAGACAAUGAAAGUGCAGUUGAGGAUGACAGUAUGAGUGAAGAUGGCCUGUCACAUGGAGAUUCCCGUACUAACUCACGGUCAGACCUCCAUAUGGGGGCACCACCAGAUACCCCUGAUGUUACACACCAAUCUAGUCCAAUAAUGCAACCAGAACAUGUGUAUGAUCAACCAUGGGGCGCUUCUAAAACAGGCUCAAUGCCACAACCUAAAACUCAUAAAUUUGUCAUGAAAAACUUCUUCACACCAUCCAAAUGUAACCUGUGUACCUCAUUAAUGGUGGGAAUACAGAGACAAGGAACCACAUGUUCAGAGUGUGCUUACUGCUGUCAUGUACAUUGUAUGGACAAAGCUCCAUCAGUCUGUCCUGUACCUGCAGAACAAAAUAAAAGGCCAGUUGGUAUAGAUAUUAACCGAGGUAUAGGGACAGCAUAUGAAGGUUAUGUUAGGGUGCCAAGAUUAGGAGGAAUUAAAAAAGGAUGGACCCGGCAGUUUGUAGUUGUCUGUGAUUUUAAAUUAUUUUUAUAUGAUACUCUGCCAGAUAAGAACCAACCUACUAAUGUUGUUCAACAAGUUUUAGAUAUGAGAGAUGAAGAAUUUUCUGUUAGUGCUGUUUUACCCUCAGAUGUGAUACAUGCUAAUAAAAAGGAUAUCCCUUGCAUUCUUAGGGUGACAACAUCAGAAAUGAAUCCUCCUGGAAGUAAAUACCAAGUAUUAAUGUUAGCUGAAAGUGAGCAGGAGAGACACCGAUGGGUCGGAGCUCUGAAUGAGUUACACAAGCUUCUACGCAAGAAUAAGCUACCAUACAAAUCUGCAUUUCAGGCCCAGGAGGUGUAUGACAACUCACUGUCGUUAGUCAAAAGUACAAAUUCCUGUACAAUUUUAGAACAAAACAAAUUACUGAUGGGUACAGAUGAAGGUUUGUUUGUGGCACAGUUAAACAAAGAUGUGUUGAUCAGGAUCGGGGAUAAGAAUGAGAAGAAACCUGUAUAUCAAGUAGAAUUAGUCCAUGAUGAACAGCUAGUAGUAUAUACUAGUGGUAGACAACACCAUGUAAAGAUAAUACAUCAGUCGAUACUAGACGGACACGAAGGUGAUCCAGUUAAAAUUCCAGACACCAAAGGCUGUAGUGUGUUCUGUGUAGGAUUUAUACGUCAGACUCAAAACUCUUGUCUCUGUGUUGCUAUUAAAAGAACUAUACAAGUGUACGACCUUAUAUUAACCAGACAACGCUAUCGAAAGGUCAAAGACAUUCAAGUUCCGGGACAUGUGCAGUUUCUAGAAAUAAUCAAUGAUAGACUUUGUGUAGGAUAUCCAUCUUGUUUUGCUAUUUAUAGUGUACAAGGGGAUGCAGCACCAAUGGCUUUACUGAACACAGAGGACCCUAGUCUACAAUUUCUUGUCCAGACACAAUUAGAUGCACUGCUGGCAGUACAGGUGUCUGAAUCAGAAUAUUUUCUAGUGUUUAAUGUAUUAGGUGUAUAUGUAGACAAUAAUGGUAAGAGAAGUAGGACUCAAGAAAUGAUGUGGCCAGCUCCACCCUUGGCAUUUGCCUAUUAUGAACCAUAUCUCCUGUGCUAUUCUGAGAAUGCUGUUUUUGUAUAUAAUAUACAAACUACUGAAUGGAUACAGACUCUCAACUUAAAAAAAACAAAACCUUUAUGUAAAGAUGGUUCUAUGAAUUUGUUCACAAACCUUGACUCACAACAUAUAGUCUACUUCAAAAAUAUUCACCUAGAAGAAGACAAACUUAACCUGUCAGAAAUUUUCAAGAGCAAGAGUGUAAAUAGAAGCAAAAGACGAUUCUCUUUCAAAACAAGAGAUGAUCAGAAUGUUAAAGGGCAGGAACGACGUUCUCGUGAAAUUUCUGGACCAAUGUCGUUCAGUCAUGUAGCACAUAUGGGACCAGAUAGUUUUCACACCAGUACUCCAGUACUUCCAGUGCAGGCAGACAGACGAUCAAGAAUUAUUUCUGGACCAACAAAUUUCAGUCAUGUGGCUCAUAUGGGUCCUGAUUUGGGACUUCAGGCAUUGAUAGAACUUCCCAAGAAUCAACCUCAACCAGAGGCCUCAGGAGGGAAUGAUCCAAUCCCACAGAGAGUAAGAAGUAUGUUACAUCCUAGCAUGAAAACUGUUCAAGAAGCUCAUACAAGGGGUGCACAACACAAUGGAAGUGCUCGUCCUAUUUCAACUGCAUCUGACAGUCCAGAUCUAGGCCAUGACCGAGCAUCUUUAGGAGAGAGUACAUCUUCAAUGUUUGAGGUUCAUGCUAUGUCUUCACCAGACUCUAUAGGUAGAGGUGUAAGCAAUUACACAUACCAAAGUUCAAAGUGGCCCGUAUAAUCAACAGUCGGAAUCUGAAGCAUGACAGAUAUAAACACAGUAUCCUGAGAUUGCUAUGAAAUUGCCGGUACACGUCUUUCAUUUACUUCCUCCAAUAGCAGUGGUAUUGGUACGCCACCUGGAGGCAGUACAUCGGAUGAUCCAAGGACAGAUAACGAUGCUGAAUUUGAAUGUUCACGACUAUGAAAUCCAAACUGCCAUAUUGUGGUAUUUGCUUUAAAUGGCUGCUUCUUUCAAGUGGAGGUUAUCUCCUGAAGCAAUGCAAUAACUGAAUGUGUGUUUGAUCAAAUCAGUUUGUCGUGUGUUUUUUUUUUCUUUAUUUUUUUCUCAGGAAUUUAUGUUCUCAAUAUUGAGAUCCUUCUGUCACUGAGGAGGGUUUUCUUAGCAAUCCGAACAAAAAUAAUUAAAUGUCUUUAGAGAUCUGGAUGUGAAAUUUGUGUUUGGUUUAUUUGAAGUGAUGACUGAUUUCGUGUUAAUGUAUUAAAUAAAUAUUAUAAAAUCAGGUGUAAAAUGGCAUGUCAGAUUAGUUUAAAAUCAGUAUAUGUACUAAUUGUUUUAAAAAAUCAAAAAUCGUGCACUUUGUGUUACUGUUGUAACUUUCAUCCUUAAAUGAUUAAAUAAAUUCUUAAGAUUCUCAUCGCAACACUCCAGCAUUUAUUUCUUUAUAUCUUUUCAUUAUAAAAUUUUGCCAGUGGUUAGUGAUAUUUCGAUUGCUCAAAUUGAAAAAACCAUUUAAUAUUUUCAAGAUUACACAUAUGUGUGUUAUUAUAUUUUUUGGUUUUACUAAAGAAAGGUGAAUUGGAUAUGGUUAACAGUAAAGCUGAUAAAAGUCCUUCCUUACCCCCAUUGUAAAUGGUGGUACUUGGUAAUCAAAGUUCAAAGAUAUGCAAAUAUAACUCCAAAACAAAUAAAAUAUUUAAAAAAAAAACCACCAUAUUGCUGCCACUUUUGGAAAUAAUCUAGGAAAGCUUUUCAUGACUGUGUAUGAAUCCUGUUUUACUUUUUAACAAAACUACUUCUCUGUGAGUUUUUUUUUUUUUUUUCAUUCUCUAGUCAACAUUGUUAAUAUUUUCUAUUGUAUUUCUGAGGAAAUGGUAUAGAAUGAUAAUUAGGUUAGAGUUUAUUUGAAAACUAGUUCAAAUUGACGUGUGAAUUUGAUUUUAAUGCUUUCCUGUUUGUAAAAGUUCAUCUCCUUUUAUUUAUAUAAAAUCAUGUAUUGACAUACUGCGAUUUGAUAAUUCAGUAUUAAAGAAUUCCUUUGGACAAGAAAUACAAAUUUGGCUUCCUUGUGAUGAAGUGAACAACAAUUGCCUUUUCAGAAUUUAAUGCAUUCUGGGUAAUAUUAUCAAAAGUCAUAUGAUUGGCUAAUAACAUCCUAAACAAUGUAAAGUCGACAAUUGGCUUACAACAUUCUAAACAAUGUAAAAGUCAACCAAUGAUGCGACCUUAUUUUUAAUUGAGUGAAAACAAUGAAAUUACCCAGAAUCCUUUAGUUUCUGCAAUGGGAGAUAAGUCUGAUGUGUAGCCUUUGAUACACUAUAUUAUGUGUGUUUGUGUCUGUGUUGGAAGCGUUCUACAACCAUUUACUUAUAGUAACUGCCUUCACUUGUGAUAUUUUAUUUUGUAAAAUAUAAUAUAAUUUUAUUAAUUGUAGACAUAAAUAUUGGCAUUAGUGUAUAUAUAAACGUAUAUAACAAUUUGUGUAUAUAUAAUUUAUUGUACAUAGCUUGUCUCCUGUGUUAAGACUUUGAUCUUGCCAAAGCUAUCAAAUGUUUUGCUAUAAUGCCAAAAAAGCUUUGUUUUUUUUUAUAAAACCAAUUAUUUGUUAAGUAUUUAUUGCUGUCAUUCGGCUCUACAAUCAGUAGUUGUUUAUAUCACGGCUUAUUGUUAAUGUUAUUGUUGUCGGCUUCACCAUCAUAAACAUGAUAAAUCAUAUUACACGUGUGGAAUUAUUUAUACGGUUGCCAUGAAAUUUAUUUUUACUCUUGUCAUCAUGGUGUUCGUAAAAAUUGGUGAAGUUUGUUUCUGUCUUGAGGAGUACAACACGAGAGAACUUUAUUUACUAAGCUUUGCAACUAAAUUUACGUUGUUUUUUUUUCACAUCUAAAUUUCACAGAAUCAACAAAGGGCUGUUUCCCAUAUUAAAAGACUGAAAUAGCACAUGAAGAGAAGAUUUCCAUGUGCAACAAUCAGAUUUAGUCAUAACACUUUUUAAGCAUGCAAAUUAAACAGAUUUACUCUGUGUUAUUUAGAAGCUUGCAAUAUGUUAAUGAUAAUGAUUAACACAAACGUUUCAUUAAUUUUAAAGAGUUAUCUCCCUUUACAUAUUUUUCUUCAACUUUUAAAUAGUAAAAUAAUUUCGUCUUUAAGAAAUGAAGAAUGAUUAUGAUUCCGUAUUGUAUCUUUUGGACUAUCCUUUUACUUUAUAGUACUCCCUUUCAGAAGCACACUUUACAAUUGUCAUAAAAUUUAUAUCUUGCAGAAAUGAUUAUAUGGAAUAAAUAAAUGAAAAUAUAACCUAGGCCUUAAAUAAAAUGCUUAUGUAUUUGGUACACAGAAUAUAUAUGUACAUGUAUAUUCUCUUCAAGUAUACAAUGUCUAACAUACAAAGUAUUAGAAUUGAAUUUAUACAAGAAAUAAUCAUUCUCUGCAUUUAUAACUUCAUCUUUGAUAUAGGAGGCCAGUUACACACAUGUACGAGUGCAUUUAUACAUACAGUUUGUCCCAGAACUAGUGCAAUGAUCAUGUAAUUAGUGUAUAUAUGUGUGUGAAAGAUUGGCAAGAGUUUCAUCACUACUUUCAACAAUACAGACACAUGUACCCUUACAGCCAACGUUUUUAUUGUACAUUUUAUUUAGUAUUUAUAAAUUUUUACUGAUAUUAUAAUUUUAUGAAGUAAUUUUUAUUAAAGAAUUUGAAGAAUCAUUUCCUCUAUACUUUUCAUUGUUCACCAUGAGUGUCAAAUUUUUUUUCUAGCAUUUUAAAAUCAAAUUUCUUGCAUAAAGAUCUGAGAUAUCCUUAAUUUUUUAUCAAAAAAAAAAAUAAUAGUCAACAAGUGUGACCUACAAGUUCUCAUCAGUGUUGUCACAUCUAUUAGGGGUUGACCUUGUAAGGGCUGUAUAGCCAAUCAAGGUCGUUAAAAUCUUCCAUAUAUACAGCUAUUGGAAUUAUUAAUUAACUGAAAGAGUAUUUCAAAUUAUUUAGUAUUUAAAUGAUAUAAUAGACAAACUAUUCUACAAUGAUGUUAUAUCACAAUUACAAGAUAAAAAAAAUAAUCAAGAGAUACUGUUUUCUUUUUGGUAUUGGAAGCCACAUAAAAUGGUUAGAGAAGACUUCAAUAGGUUUAAGAUUAUUUCAUUACCUAUGACCCUAUGGAUAUUAAAUUUUGACUCAUAAUACACCUGUAUGGUUUUCUUUUUUCUAUGGAAAACUCAAGUGAAAAAAAAAGUAGAUCAUGAAGCUUCACAAGAGGGAUGCUCACUUACAUUAAUUUGAUACAUGUAGAUCAUUGUGAAAAUUCUGGCAGCAGUAUCCUUAUAUACAGGAUUGACUGUAGUUUGCUCAAAUUUUACAUUUUCAUUAACAUUAAAAUAACUGGUUGAAUAUUAAAUUGGAAUUUAAAUGGCUAUUCAUACCGUCCUAACUUUUAAAAUGAGUUUUUUGGUAAUUAAUUCUACAUUUGCUAGAUUUUCUUAUUUGCUUUUGGCUUUGGACAGUUUGGUUACAAAGAGACUUGUGAAUUCCCUGUCUCCUACCAUACAAAAUUAGUUUUGGAAAGUUAUUUCGUAUUUUUUUACUAUAUGUAAUUAAAAAAAAUCAUUUCAAAAAGUGAUUCUUCCAAGUCUGAUCCAAAUUUACCAUAUACUUAUGUUAAUUUGAAUCUGUUCAAAAGCACUUUUUUACAAUUUCUAAUGUUAUUGCAACUUUUUCUGAGAUUUUUGUUAAUUUUAUCAAAAACAGAUUCUAUUGACACAAAACAUUAUUUCUUGAAUUGUUUAUUAUUAUUUUUUUUUAAAUGUAACUACAGGUAAAUGUUUUAGGGACAAUAGGGAGACAGAAAACACACAUGAAUGCUUGUUUAGCCUUUAAGUAAAAUGAUUGCCAAGUUCACAUAUCUGUAUUAUUUAAAGUUGUAAGGGUAUAUGUUGUCAGUAAAUGAACCAUUAAAACCUGUGAUAUAACAUGUACUGUUAUUACCUCCCUUUAUUGAAUCUCUCUGUCAUUAAUGAAUUAUAAUGCUAGAUAGCUUUUGGGUCUGUGUUAACAGCUUGUGUUGUUUACUUUUUAUAACAAAGAAGUUGUACAUGUAUGUGCAAGUGGACAAUGAAACUUCAAAAAAAUAAAAUUGCAUAACUUUC